CGGACCGAGGUUACAGCGCGUUGAGUCCUGGUUAUCUUUCGUUCAGCCCUGGCGCGCUGAUUGAAGUUACUGAAAACCCUCCUGGCAGGUUUUGGGGGAAGCUUGACGAGCACGUUCAAGGCUGGAUUGCCCCAAAGGUUUUAAAUACCUGUUUAUACUCGGCGGAUUUCCUUGAUGAAGAAUUUUCAGUGGAAUCUCAAGAAAGCGCUGAAAAUGUUUCGAAUACAUCAACACUAGUGUUCAAUGGCUCGAAAUUGGCAUUCCCUCAAAACGACAAAUCUGACUUUUUACAGCUCCGCGUGGAUCCUGAGUUCGCUUACUUCGACCGUACUGGAUACAUAUCAGUGCUCAGUUCUUUCGAAGAAAAUGUGCUACUCUUCUUAAGGCCGCGCCGGUUCGGCAAGUCCCUGACACUUAGUAUGCUUGCAUACUUCCAUGGGGUAGAACACCGCAAGCAUUAUGAUAACCUCUUCAAGGGCCUUGCUAUUGACCAGUAUGUCCAAGCCGGCACUGUCAUACCCUACCAGUACCUUGUUUUGUCUCUCGAUUUUUCUGCUUUUAACCGCGAUCCUGAUCCCAAGAUUGCCAAAGCUGGACUCUUCAAUAUGAUUAACAGGGCUAUUGGAAAGUUCUACACCACAUAUGCAAAUAAUGCUAUUGAUAGUCUUAAUCGAUGUGUCAAUGUUGUCCAAUUUGCACUCCGAACAGCUGAAGGUGUCAUCAAUCACCAACUCACUGGUGUGAAGGGGAUAUACCUCCUAGCUGAUGAAUAUGAUGCCUCUGCCAAUGAGUACUUAAAUCUCAAUAACACCACAAGCUAUGACAAUAUUCACAAAGGGCAGUCCUCACUUAAGGACUUCUGGGCAUGUGUAAAGUCUUCAAUGGGCUACCAGAGGAUUAUAAAAUGUUUUAUUACAGGAGUGUUGCCACUCUCACUGGAUGGUGCUACUAGUGGUUUUAAUAUCGCGACAAAUGUUUCUGAUGAAGAAGAACUAGCUGGGUUCUGUGGCCUCAGUUAUGGUGACGUGCGUUCCGCUUUGAAGGCUUUCUGCAAAAAUGGAGAUGUUGAGAAACACUUCCGUAUCAUGGUACAGCACUAUAAUGGUUACAGUUUCUCACCAUAUACUGCAGCCCAGCGUGUCUUUAAUACAAACACAUGCUUAGAGUAUCUUCAGACGUUGCUAAUGAAUGAGCCAAUCAAUCCAAGCAACCCUUCCAAUUGGGAAACAUCUGAAACUUUGCUCCAGAUGCUUGCUUGCUCACCUAUUGCAACUGACAUCCUUGAAAAGGUUGGUGGCCGUAAUUCAGCAUUUGAUUCUGAUCUCUGGCAUAAUCCAAUCAAAUAUGACACAUUGCCAUUACAAUUCCGGUUCUCCGAUUUGAAGAAGGAUGCCACAAGGAACAAAGAAGCAUGGCUAAGUUUUAUGCGCUAUGCCGGGGGUCUAACGUAUGCCAAAGAAGAGCCUGGGAAGCAGUUACAAAUUCCCAACUUAGUUCAAGUUCAACGCUUCGCCAUGGCUGUUUUGGAUCGUUACCAGCUGCGCGUAAUGGAUAUUGAGGAGGGUCUUCGGAAAAUUGCAACUACUGGUGAUAUUUCACAAUUAUUGGGUUGUUAUGAAAGGUUAAUGAGCCAGCGUGACGUUGAUUACAGUGACUUCGACAAGAAUGAAGAGCACCACCGUGAUAGCAUCUACUACACACUUCUCAGGAAUCCACUUCUACAAGGACAUGUCAAUGGCGAUAACGGACAGAUAGAUUUGGUUAUCGAAAUACCAAGCACAAGCAACACAAUAAUCAUCGAAUUUAAGGUGAUUAAGAUCGAUUUUCUGAAUAUUGCGGGAGCCGAUCGCCUUCGGAAAGCGUCGACUCUAGAAGGCUAUUCGAGUGCAGAUGAUGUACUACAAAUUCUAUUUGGCUCUUGGGAUAUUAUCCGAGCUGGAAACUCUAUAAUUCGUUGGAUUACGCUCCCAGGAGGGCCAGCCGCUCAGUUGGCGAGUUAUUGGAAUGGACCGCAAGUUGCUGAUAUGCGCAGUCAGGGACAUGUUUCCGCCUUCCUGGUAGUCAUUGUCGGCUCUCGUAAGGUUCUGUUUUCCCGGUUGAAUGAUAAUGGCCAACUGGAAAAUUUUAAUUUUGCAUGUCCAAUUAGUGGGUGA